AUGAGUGCCGCUGCAAGUCAAGACCAAGGGGUCAUGAAGCGAGAGGAGAUCGGCAAAGCAAUGCGCAGCUGCUACCCCGAGUUCGUGAUGAAGAAGAAGCACAUAGCUGGCGUUGCAACGCUGGAAGAAUCCAUCGUAGGAGAGCCCGUUUCUGAGAUCUCCGACCUCGUCGACGACUUCAACGAUGUUGAACAAUUUCUUGCUGAGUAUCAGCAAGACGAGGCUCUUGAAGAAGAAGUCUAUGAAGAGGCCGAGGUCGCAGAAGCAUUGGCGAUCAGCUGGAAAGAUCGACGGCAAGAGCUGUCGAGGUUGCAGAAAGCUCGCAACUUUUCUUCGAAUGCCGCCAAGUCCAAUGAGCUCAGAAGAAGUUUUCGUGUAGAAGUUGAAGAGUUGAAGAAAAAGAUACGCUGCCAUCGCUGUGGACAAUUGGGACACUGGUCCAAGGAAUGUCGAAAAGGAAAAGGCAAAGGCAAGCAGUCUUCUUCCUCGAAGGGCUCCUCAGAGACUGGUGCAGCCCUGGUACAACCCGCCCAAGAAGAUGAUGAGCAGUUUGUUGCUAUGGCACAGCAUUUUGCAAGUUGGUCGCCGCUUGACAUCCUGCGUUCCACGAAGCGAGCAACAGAUUCCUCGAUUCCUGAUUGGACCGUGCACGAAACUCUGCUGGUUUCAAGCCCUGGUUUCGGGGUGAUCGAUUCAGGAUGCGGCCGCACUAUUGUCGGCCGUGAGACACUUGCCAAGUUCAAGCAAAUGUGGCAGCAACACGGCAUGUCAUGCCCUGAGCCUGAGCCUGAGAUCAACUACUUCAGGUAUGGCAAUGGUGAAAAAGAGACCUCCACUGAGGUGCUGGCCAUGCCAGUUCGAAUCGCUGGCAAGUCUGGAUCCAUCCGUGCAGCCAUCGUGCAAGGACAAGCCCCAUUGCUGAUCUCGCGUGCAGCUCUUCAGAAACUCAAGGCAACACUGGCCUUCGGACAAGGCACCAUGACCAUAUUUGACGAUGCAGUGCAGGUGCCUCUCCACACCAAUUCCGCUGGACAGUUCAUGAUUCGAGCCUUGCCCGAGGAAACCAAGGGCAAGGAAGUGCAGUUCUCGGAAGUUAUGGCCUCUCAGGAAGCCAACAGUUGCUGUGAUCAUGAGCCUACAAUCGCACCUUCCAUGCCAGAGACCGCCUUAGAUCUUGAAGAACAGGCCCAAGACUCCGCUGACACAGGACAUCCAGGGUCGUCUGUUUGGUCUCGUGUGGAUGAAGGUUUGACCUUAACGCCAGUGACGGGCAAACAGGUGCACCUCGUGCAGAUUAGGCAUGAUUGCCCCAUGGAAGUUCAUGAAGUACUUGUGAGUCGUGAAGAGAUCCAAGGGGAGGAUGAAGAAGCCAUCAAACGAGCCCUGCAGCAUACCGAAAUGCCGCUCACUCCCGAUGAAGCAGCACAGCUUCGCUAUCUGAUGGCCAAGGCGUCGUCAGACCAGGUGAUGCCAUCCCUGCCAAUCGAUGCACCAGGUAUUGCUUCCGGAGCUGCUGAACCAGACUCAGGUUUCAGCUUGAUUCCCUUCUCUGGAUCGAUGACUGACGCCUCCAAACGUCGAGAGGAGUUGUCAGCAGCCUCGCCGCAACCGAAGAAGGAACGUGGAUAUGGUCCAUCAGCACAUCCCAAGUUCAAGGCCUCAGGUUCCAUGGAAGGAUCCUAUGCUGCCACCGAAGGAAUUCCACCUCCGAUGCCAGGUUCAGAUUUGAGCUCAAGUAUGCUGCCAACGUUGCCUCCGGAUGUGAUGGACAUGCACCAAUGGGGUCGCACUGUCAUCCAGUUCGGACAGUACAAAGGUUUGAACAUGACUUACCAUGAUUUGGCAUGCUCACCCGAAGACCGAGCCAAGUCAUAUGUAAAGUGGGUAACGGCACGUCAGCGAUCAGCGUCAGGCCUGUUGCUUGAUCUUUCAAAUUAUUUGAGCCGUUUCAUCGCCGAACGUGAUGCAGCAGAAGAUGCCGCUUGGGAGGGACCAAAGAUCCCCGGCACCGAUGUGCCUCGCACCUAUAAGUAG